AUGUCAAGUAAAAGCAAAGAAGCGGCGGGCGGCCUGCUUGUUGUGAAUGCCGACACUAACGACAUAUCAGAUAGGGACGACGGUAAUCUGUCGGGCAGUAAUAUUAGCGCAACCAACUCUGAGAAUAACUUGGCAACCACCGGCGAUAUAACAGAUGAGAAAGCGAAACCACGAAGGCGUAGACGGUCGAACGCACAGUUACAGCGUGAUAUUUUAUGCCCUUUUAGCAGGUGUGACAAGUGCUAUGCGUCUAAGCAUGCACUACAGCUGCACGUCCGCAACAAGCAUAUGUCAUCGAAAAAUGGACAAGAGCUAAGGCUGGACGAAAUGGAUCCAGACUCAAUGAUGGGUGGUAUGGGCUAUGCUAUGGACAAUCGAGGCCUUAUGUUCAGUUCCAGCCAGGAAUUCGACUCCGGUUAUCGUCAGCGCAAGUACAUGGCUCAAGGAAACAGUCCUUAUCCGCUCAGUUCAGCAUCCAUGCUGCCAUACAAGGGCAAUGGGUCUCUUAGUAGUAUAUCACAGCAAUCUUUAGGCCGUGGCGGAAUAAGGAGGGGGGGCUCUUUGAGUUCGAAUAUGUCCUCAGUGUCUGUGGAUUCGUUCAGUCGUAAUGGCAAUCAAUAUCAGGGAAACGCGUCAUCUGCGUCGUUUUCGGACGAUCAGAUUAUGUCACUCUUGUCAGAUAUACUUUCGAAACCGGCGUCUGGAUCUGGCAGAAACAGCAACACAUUGGUAGCACCUUCGAGCAGUAAUACACUCGGCAACCCCAUGGGGGAUGAAGAUAUGGGGGUGACAGAAGACUUCUUAGACGAUAUACUCCUGCAUGCUAGCAUACGGUUAGACGGACAAGCUACACCCAACUUGCCAAACAACAGCUCAAACGGCACGUUAUUCAACACUGCCUCACAACCGCAACUGCAGCAGGGAAGCAGGCCAAUUCAGGGGUCCUAUGUGGCUAAUAGUGGACAGCAAACACAGGCCCAAACACCCUCGAGACAGGUGAAUUCGCAUCCCAAUAUGCGUGUGUUUGUGAAUACACCUCAGAUACCUGGGCUGAACGUUGAUGGGGGCGCUAUAGCCACGAGGCCGUCUCUACAGUCGUUACCGAGUCAGAGUAUGGAUGGUAUAAACUUUGGGUUUAAUAGCGGGGCGGGUGGGGGCGGGUCAAUAAAUAACCCGCAGGCGAACAAUGCACAGGUGCAGUACCGUUCUCCCAUGACGAGUAUGUCGGCUGAUGAUUUGCACCGGAACAAUAGCUUGCCCAACUUGCAGGACAUGUACUUAGGGGAUGGUAGCAGGACACAGCACACGGCGUUAAGCAGCCAGCAUUCUACGAGUAGUAUUGGAAGUGUUCCGUAUGGUAGUAAACAGCCCACACAGAGGCAAGCGCCCAGUCAUAAGGGACAACCGAGACUGGCAUUCGUCCCGGAAAGUACCGCUUUGCAACACCACCACGCACCACAUCAAGCGUAUGUCAAUGGAUUGAAUAGGACCCCUAGUGGUCAGCGCGCACACGCCAUACAAAUGCAGCAGCAAAAGAGACAACAGCAGGUUAACCAGGCUCAGGCUCAACUCAAUCAGCAUCACCAACAUCACCAACAACAACAAUUGAAUACACUACAACAAUUGAAUACACUACAACAACUGAAUACACAACAACAACUGACGACGCAACAACACUCACAAAUACAGCAGCAUCACCAACAGCAACAGUCGUGGACCUCAACUGACCCCGUGUGUGUGCCGGGGAGGCCGAAUAUUCCUGUAUUUAACAAGAUGAGUGCCAUUUCCAAUCCUAUGGCGUAAAAAAUACAUGUUAUGGCGUAGUACAUAUAUGAGAUACAAAUGCGGCUUUUCAGUAGACGUUCUUCCCUAAUGGAAAGAACGUGCCUUAAUACUGUCGCUUGGAUCUUGGUAGGGUACUGCAAACAACAUCAACGCAACCUGGUGCAUUGUAGUAGCAUCAUACGGUCCCUGCCUCAGUUGUACGUUCGAUAUCUGUCGGAAUCGCGUCUUCCAAUAGUUAUGUGUCACGUCACAACUUAAUGGUAGCCAUGGUGGACGUGCCGGUAGCUGUUCGUGUACGUGCAUUGAUACAUACGUGCCGCUGGGGGGCACCUGUACCAGGAGCCGAUGCAUCCACUAGGUACACGUGAUGUUCAAAGAAUAUGUAGAUCCGAUAUGAAUUUUUCUGUAGUCGAUACGCUAAUUAAUCAUAAUAGCUACAGUCUCUAGUUUGUUUACUGGAAGCUGACACUAUCACUAUCAAGUAUUUACUGAAUAUGCCGUAUGGCUUCGGAGCAUCUACUCACCAUGGCGGCAGUUGCCUGAUAUACUGUCAUUUAACUAGAUGUAGGUAUGUAGAACCCACACUUUCGGGUAUAUGAUCAUUAUAUCCACUACCAAGUGGAUAUGCCAAACCUUCCCACCCCCCUCUCCUUUUCACUUACAAUUGUACAUAUAACAACAGUCCAAUGGAAUCAAAUUGUCUCACCAAAUGCGAGUUGAGGUGACUCGGAAAAUAUAUCUAUCAUACGUGAAAAUAAAUAUGAAUGAAU